UUAAAUGAAUAUCCAAUGAGAGUGAGUGAGUCCACGUAUAGUCUGUGUUAUUGAGUAUAUAAGUUGGACUAAAACGACAAUCACUUCACUUGAGUUUUAUCUCUUGAUUUGAAUUAUUGUUUAUUUUUGUUGUAAACAAAUCGUAUAAUCAGUCAAAAUGUCCGGACGAGGAAAAGGAGGCAAAGGUUUGGGAAAAGGAGGCGCAAAACGACAUCGAAAAGUGUUGAGAGACAACAUCCAGGGUAUCACAAAGCCAGCCAUCCGUCGUUUAGCCCGAAGAGGUGGUGUUAAGCGUAUCUCUGGAUUGAUCUACGAAGAGACCAGAGGUGUACUCAAAGUAUUCCUCGAGAAUGUCAUCCGAGACGCCGUCACUUAUACAGAGCACGCAAAGAGAAAGACUGUAACCGCUAUGGAUGUGGUCUAUGCUUUGAAACGACAGGGACGUACUCUCUAUGGUUUCGGAGGUUAAACACGCGGUCCACUCAUCAAACAAACGGCCCUUUUUAGGGCCAAUCAAUUCAAUGACCAAAUGAGCCGUUUUUCAUAUAUGUCUUGUUUUAGUUUAAUUCAAUUU